UCCCCCUACGCGCGGCGUUCUCGGUCACGUGAUCGCUAAAGGAGCGGACAAGCAACGCGAGUCUCUACUAUUUGAAUAGCAGAGGUUGUACGCUGCGACCGACAUUUUGCGGGAAGGGGAGAAUCUUCUCCACAACUAGGCCAUUCUUCCUGCCAGGUGUCCUUUUGACCUCUUGACCUCAGACUUAAAGGCUGGCAGACCAACUGCAAAUUUGGUUUUGGAUUAAAGGACACCACCCUGUCAACUCUCAGAGACGAACUGAUUUGAGUCAGCCCUAUCGUUGCUCCCAUGGUUCCAAAUUUUAGCCCUGGUCCUUUCACUGCCCUUGUUCAGUGCCCCAGUUCCGGAACUCUGCCCUAAAAUUUUCAAAAUCUCCAUCCCUGAGACCAAUCCAUUUUGGAGAAUCCUCUUUCUCUUCCUUCCAGUGCAUGCCAUAGACUCCAGAAUGAUUUCUUCAUACUCUUCUCCCUUAAAGCCCCCAAUCCAUCCUCCAGGAAACCCUUCAGGCCAGGUCCCCAUCAUCCCACCUCCCCUACCCCCACAUCUCCCAGACUCAGCCUCUCUACCCUCUUCCUCAAGUCUCCAGGCCCUUAUUCCCCCACCACCACCACUGCCACCUCCACCUCCACCCUCUGCCAUGGGUGCUGCUCCCCCUCAUGUUUUCGGCCUAGAGAAGAGCCAGCUUCUGAAAGAAGCCUUGGAGAAGGCUGGCCCACCCGCCGGGAGCAGAGGAGACACGAAGAGGCUCCUAAAGCUUCACAAGGCCCGUUUCAGAAGUGACUUGCAUUGGAUCCUCUUCUGUGCAGACCUGCCCUCCCUCAUCCAAGAAGGCCCUCAGUGUGGGCUGGUGGCCCUGUGGAUGGCAGGCACUCUCCUGGUGCCCCCCAGUGGCAUCCCCCUAGAGAGACUCGUGCAGAUGGCCAUGGAGAGAGGCUACACAGCCCAGGGAGAGAUGUUCUCCGUGGCUGACAUGGGCAGGCUGGCUGAGGAGGCACUGGGCUGCGAAGUGGAGCUGCUCCGUGGUGGCCUAGGCGGUCCCAACAGGGACCGUGUCCUGCAGCACCUUGUUGCUGGACAUCCCUUGCUCGUCCCCUAUGAUGAAGACUUCAACCACGAGCCAUGUCAGAGGAAGGGCCACAAGGCCCACUGGGCAGUGAGCGUUGGGGUACUGCUCGGUGUGCAGUGUGUGCCAAGCUCCGGCUAUGCUGAGGACGCUGAGCUGCCAGGUCUGUUUCACCCUGUGCCCGGCAUGCCCUGUCAGCCACCACCGCUUCCGGAGGAAGACUCGCAGGGAGCAGUCUACCUUCUCGCCAAGCAGGGCAAGAGUUGGCAUUAUCAGCUAUGGGACUACAACCAGGUCCGGGAUAGCAACCUGCAGCUGACAGACUUCUCACCCUCUCGAGCCACCGAUGGCCAGACCUAUGUGGUGCCUGCUGGUGGAGUACAGGCUGGCCUCUGUGGCCAGGCUGUGCUCCUCAGACCAUAGGACUCCAGCCACCAGCCUGCCACAGCCCUGAACUGGGGGUGAUGGGAUCCAGACCGCAGGUUUUCCUCUGUGACUACCCAGGGGCUUGGGCUGGGUCUCUUGUGGACCUCCAGUGAGAGAUCCUUCACACAGGGUACCCCACACUCUAUUCAUUCUUAAGCCUGGGCUUCAUCCCAACUCCUCCAUCCUCAUCCUCUGCGUUGGGCACCGACUGUGUGGGCUGGGGUUAGAGCCAGAAGCCAGACAGACAAGGUUCCUCUCCCAGGGGGGACAACGGCUUAGACACCGAGUCCCAUCCACCCCACCUGAGUGUUGCAUCCACCGCUUCUCACUGGUGGCCACCCUCUUCUGAACCGCCAGCUCUCUGGACAUCUGCCUCCUUACCGGGCACCUUGCUGCCUGCCAGUACCUGUUCACGUGGGGUCAGGGCUAAGGGAGCAAAAAAGAAACAACUUGGGCUCCUCACAACCUUCCAGAGAAGCUUGUGGCAGUUCCUUUUUGCUCAGAGAAUAGGAACUAACCUCCCAGUCCCAGCUCACCUGCUGCCACCAGCCCUACUGGCCUUUCAGGACCCCAGUGCACCCGCUGUAGCCCUCUGCUGAUGAUCAUCUGUAACUGUUCCCUCAGGUUCUUCAACUGGUCUAAUAAGUCUACGUGAGACUGGUUAACGAGAAAAGAACCAAAUUUAAUAUGUACAUAAUGGGAACCCCACAUACAUGAGAGGUUCCAAGACAGGGAAAAGGAGGUAUACAUGCCAUUCUGAGCUAAGGUUCACCUUGCGGCCUCAGAGGGAGGAAGGUCACCGCAGGAUGAUAGGAGCAAUUAGAAGUUCACCCUGCUCUAUAGAUGGGUCAGAAAAGUGUCUGAUAAUCUCAUUAUGGGCAAGGCCCCUCAUUCAGACUGUUCUAGGUAGUUCGGGGGGAGGAGCCUUCAGUCUUGAUUACCCUAGCUCAACCCACAUACCACAGAGGCACAUCUUGGGGUGACUCAUUCUGAACCCCUAUACCACCUUGACUCAUCACAGGUUCCCUCUGUGUUCUGAUUUUUUUAAAAGACAUGCAUCUGAGAGCAAUGGAGUGUGCCAACCCGGUCACACUUGUUAACUCAUUACAUGCUUCAGUCUCAUAUGUAAGGUACUCGGUCCUUUCCACGUUACAGAUGGAAAGACAGGCUUGGAGGAGUGUAGUCAUUGGCUAAGGCCACCUUGCUUGGCAAGUGGCAGGGUCGGGAUUCAAACCAGGUUAGUACCUGCAUAGAUACCUAGAUAAAUAGAUACAUAUUUUUAGGUUAGUUUAAUGAAUGAAUAUCUGUUGAAUAUUUGUGACCAAAACAGGCGUGUUUUGGUCACUGCCAUGUCUGUGGUGCAAGGGAACUUUAGAGAGACUACAGUAUAUAAAUAGUGUUUUGGGUUUUCUAGUGUUUCUAACCAGAAGUGAGGAACCCCCUCCACCUGUGCCCCCCCUUCCCAGCCCUAGCAGUUUGGCAUUCCCGUGCGCUGUCCUGCCUGAGCUGGCACAGAGCCAGGCACAAGAGCAGCUCAGUGAGGACUCCAAGCCUGCGUCUGUACUCCAAACCGGUCACUGUCCUGUUACCCAGGCUCAAAGUUAUGUGCUUUGAGCCCACACCCCAGAUGCAAGGAAAAAAAAAAUUUCCAUGAA